GUAACAUUUUUAGUUUUCUCACAGCUUGCAAGUUGUUGUUACUUCUAAGUGCUUAAAACUCUCUUUAGAACCAAUAAAUCUUGACAGCUUUAAUAAAACUGUGAUAAAGCUCCUUCAAGAAAAAAAGGGCCCACUCUACAGGAGGUUGCUAAGAUAUUUCUUUAAGUCAAUUUUUGUGCUUAUUAGAUUUGUGAAGUGUGGAAUUAAUAUACUCUUGUAGUGUGCUUUACAACACUGCUAAGAGAUGAAAUUUGGUCUUAAUAAGAUAAACAAAUUCACUCGAAGCCUUCCAAAAAGCUAGUUUUCAGGGCUAAUAAAAAUGAAAAGUUUUAAAGAAUAAAUUUAAGUUCAAUUUCUAAUUCCAGUUGGUGUAGUAAAACCAAAAUGAAAUCCGUCAUCUCAUAAUCAUGAAAUUUCUAUAACUCAAUAUUAAAGACGCAGAAAAAACAAACACAGUAGCAUAAAACUAUAUGCCGACAAAAUUUUACCGAUUGAAUGUUACUUGAAAAAACGAAUUAUGACAAAGCGCCACAAUAAAAAUGACGAUACUGGAUUAAUUAAUACAAUCAAGAUUAUAACGUAUUGAUCGAACUGUGUGUUUUUUUGCUUCAAAUACUGCAUAUCAGUCUAUACUCCAUACCUCUCAAUUCAAGGUAUCCCUUAAUUAAUAAUCUAUUCAAGUUUUCUAAGUAAAAUUGCACAUACCGCAAUCAGUUCUUGAAAAUGGCAUACCCAAUUUGCAGGCGGCGAUGGAAUUUUACUAUAAUUAAAAUGGAUUCUGGUGAGUUAAUUACAAUUGAUCUUAUUCACGACUGUUCCAGAUCAAUUGGCUGUAUAGAGGAAGAUUUAAAUACUCUCUAGAUAUGACGAUCUUUCAAAAUGUUUUGCAAAGAAUACAAUAAACCUGAAUAUUCCUAACGCACAAAACUAAUGCUGCAAUAAAACUGUCAGGUUUUCUGGCAGCACUGCUUCAGACUGCAAGCAUGCAGAUUAACAGGGAACUGUCACAAAUGUAAACAUUGGCAAAAUGUUCGCUAUCAGUGUUCGUUAACGUUAAAACGUUUAGACAAAGUUUUUAUCACAUUUUGAAGUGGUUCUACCAGUAAAAGUUGUGAAUAACAGAAUGCCUUUUAAAAUCGUCCAAACCACUGAAGGUGGAGAGACGUGCUUGAGCGUAGUUCCCAGCAAGUGGGAGACAAACGGAACCCUGUAUUGGCCGAAGAAACACCUAGUAGCGAAACUAUCACUGGAAGAGGAAUCAGUUCCGUCGGACAAAUGGGAGAAGCUCAAUUGCGUCAGGAAAAGAGAGUUUUCUACUCGUGCUGAGGCAUACAAUGAGCUGGAGAAAAUGGAAGGACAUUCCGACACGGAAAUGGACGAUCAUGGAUCAAACCGGCUACCACCGAAAAAACCGCGACGUCAAUGUGCAGACAGGGGAAACAUUUACUUCGCCAAGCACGAUUUCAACCAGCUUGCAGAAAUCCAGAGCCAGCCCCCGACAGGCCUCAUCCAAACAACACCUCAAACUGCCGAAGGAAUGAUGAUCAUUAACACCGAAGAGGAGAUGGGCAUUGAGCCAAACUUCGUAUCAACUCAACAAUCGGAACCAGCUCUUGAUCCAUGUUCGGUACCACAAAUUAUUUAUGUCGAUCCAGAUGUUUCGGUCAGUAAUUUGGAAGGAAACGAUAGAACGGCUACCAUCAUUGCAAACCAGGAAAAGAUCCUUGAUAACCAGGGUAAAAUCAUGCAAACCCUGGCAAAGAUACUUACGCAUGCUGAGUACUCUUCUCAGGCAAUAAACGAGGGAGCAUUUGACAAAGCCACUCCGAAUACUACCCGCAUGGAUGAAGGAAUCGAUCCGGUGAACACGUUGGAAGAAUUGGACGUUUUGGAAGCUUCUCUCAAAGACGAUAACACUGUGCAGAAAUACAUUCGUAGUAUGAGCUUUAUUUGCGGCACGAAUGGUAAAUCCAAUGGCCUGGAUUGCUGCUACAAACUUGUGGAUUACUUUAUCACUCGGCAAUUCUUACUGCAAUGUUCUUGGACAGGCAAUACUAGAGCAACGGGAGGACAGGUGGCAGCUGAUGGAGAGUCUUCUACCGCUGAAAACCAUGCCAAAGUUGGUCUGAAAUUUUACAAAAAAUUCCGUGAUUUGUUUCUCAAGCUGAUUAUGCUCGCAGACAAGGAUUUCUCGGAGAUUGACUGCGACAAUUUCUUCAAAAGGAUCAUGAAGAAUAGCAGACAAAGAGUCGAGGCAAAAACAACAACUUCCAAGCAUCGUAACCGUCCCAAAAACCUUAAAUACAAGACUAAGAAAGCCGAUAAAUGUGAGACUGCAUCGAGCAAUGUUCCGACAGCUGAUGAGCAGAAUUAAAGGCGGCGCCUCUAAUGAUGAUUUUAUUCGAUCGACAAUGUUUCUCUUUUUAUAAACUUUGAAAUACUUUUUUUCGUUUAUACGCUUUUAUGUUUGCGUUAAUUGGCGUAAGUGUAAGUAAAUGAAUGCUUGCAAAUCGUUUUUAAUAAAGCAAAAAAUCACAAAGAAUGCAACAAAGGAAUGAAUACCACUUCACUUUUCCUCGGAAUAGAAACACCUACCAUUUUACAUUUGAUGUCAUUGAUAUCAUAAAACCUCUCAAAGUUCUUUUUCAGAGACGAAACAUAGAUAUACAAAAAUGACGAUCUAAUUGGAGUUUCGAAAAAUAGGCUCAAAUCUUUCAAUGGGCUUCCAUUAAUCGCAAUUAUUCCAUUAUUGUUACAAACGUAUUUCAUCUCAACUAUUUCGUUAGUUUUAGUAAGAAACCACUUAUUCACGCCAUCGUUUUUCAAACAAUAUUCAUCAAACUCUACGCAUGAAUAUUUAGUUUCAUGGGGUGUUUCUGUACAGUCAGCAGUUAAGUCAUGUUUUUCUAGAAUUGGUUUUUUCAAUUGUGGAUUGGAAGACUUCAGCGGUAGGUUUUGCUGUACAAAUUCAUUGAUUUCAUUUAUGCGCUUAGCUACUUGGGUCAAUGGUAGAUUCCCAGAUCGAAUUAGGUUCAUUAUCUGAUACAAUUUACUCUCAAACGGAUAUGCAUUAAACUUGGACAGAAUUCCAAAACGCUUCACAUCAUUUACCAAAUGACUGAGGUUAUGCACAUUACUGGUAAUGAAGUCCUCGCCGUAAAUAUCUCCAUAAUAUUCAAUGUAAUGUAAUAGUAGAGUAUGUGCUAAGUAGAGCAAAUGUGCAUACUCAUUUGACGAGCAUAUGGUGACUGCACAGAAUAACGACAAAAAAUGUUCGUACACAUCAGAGGGUAGGAAAGGUUUCAAUAUAACUAUUGAAAUAUAAUGCAGAAAGGUUCUGAAUUCCAGGCCCUUCCAAUGGGAAAGACAAUCUAGACCCCGUACUGAUCUGUGUAUCUCUGAUGGCAUUUUGAUUUGUUGUAACAAAUUGGAUAUUUCAGCAACAUCCUUUGCGCACCACUUUGUCCUGUAGUUACCAAAAUUACCAUCACGCCACCCAAUCAAGCAUUUCUUCAUAAGACCCAAGUCGAUUAGAUGUAAUGAAUCCGCAACGGGGAAGUCGUCGAUCAUGUUGAUUGGAAGCCGUAGAAGUGGGGAGUCGUGCUUGUGAUGAGACGCAUACAUUUUGGCCCGGAAACCUGCAUCUGUUCUGCUUUCGUUACACGUCCGUGGGUAGUAGUUGCAAUGUGAAAGAUAUGAAUACUCCCCAACAGUAGUACACUUCUGGCAGCCGUUUUGGGCAUUAAAAUUGGCAACUCCUGUAAAAUACAAAUAAUAAUAAUUGAGUUGUUUUAUCUGAAUAACUUCUGCUACUCGGAACAUCCAAAUAUGAU